AGGUUGCAUAACGGUACAUGGGUAAUACAGACAAAAUACUGUAGUGCACUGUGAAUGAACCGAUGGCGACGUACUAUGCGUACGUAUAGUAGUUAGUAGUACACUCAUCCAUAUGGCAAGAAGGAGGAACUGCUUCGCGUUGCAUUCAUUGAUCAGACGGACAAUGUAAUAACAGCAAUAAGUAUUAAUCAAUCGUAGCGGCUUGCUCUCAUAGAAUCUACCUCGAUGGAACCCAGGUGAGUGGAAUGGUCUCUUGUUGAGGUUGGUAUAACAAUGCCAAGCGUAUCGUUUUGGUGGUGGUAGUUCCAAACGGUCUUGUUGAAGGCUCUUUCUAAUUUUGUACUUGAAAAAGUGAAGAUUAUCUGUACAUUUCUGCAUAGAAUGACUUCGUAUUUUGAAGACUCCAAACCACACAUCAGAAUGUCAGCUCUGCAGCCACUGAUUCAUGAAGACGAAUUUAGAGUAAAGAUGCACAAAGUAGAAAGGCGCCCUCAAUACCUACAUCAACCGCCUGAUGGUGGAUGGGGCUGGGUCGUAAUAUGCGGGUCGUUUAUGUGUAUGUAUAUAUCGUUUGGAAUUCCGAGGACUCUGGGGAUAUUUGUAACGCCACUUGUUGAUAAUUUUGAAAGCAAUACAGGGACAAUUGGUUGGAUAGUGUCAAUGCCAAUGACUCUCCUCCUAACAACCGGUCCCAUUGCGGGUGCUCUUUGCAAAAAGUACGGCUGCAGACCGAUGGGAAUUUUAGGGGGUGUGUUAGCAGGGAGUGGAUUUUUAAUCGCUUAUAGCGCCAACAACGUCUUCUUUCUGGCUAUUGGUCUAGGCAUACUUCCAGGCAUGGGUUUCGGAUUAGCUUCAACAGCGAGUGUCGUUAUCAUAAGCCGAUAUUUUGAAAAUCUGUUUGUCUUAGCAAAUGGUAUAAUCUACCUAGGUGGACCAAUUGGUUACCUUUCUUUACCUCCUAUAACACAGUUAUUUUUGCAAAUGUAUGAAUGGAGGGGAGCUGCAUUGAUAUUAUCUGGUGUUACUCUACAUAUAGCUGUCGGUGGCGCUCUAAUGAGACCACUUCAUCUCGCAAGAGAUCUCAAAGAAAUAAAUCUUCAUGAAGAUGACGAAAAUGAUAAGUCAUAUAUACAUGACGGACAAUCGUUCAAUUGUGAAAAUAAAAACCAUAAAAUUAAAAAACUAUCAAAAAGCAAACGUGUAAGAAGCAUUUUUCGAGGUUUUGUGAGACAUUUAGAAUUGCGACUGUUUUGUGAAAACACAAUGUUCACGAUACUUUUACCAGUGAUAUUAUUAAGUGGUUUUGCCUAUGAAGCCUGGUUAAUUUACGUCACUCCACAAGCCGAAGAGUUACAGAUAUCAGCCACUAUGUCGGCAAUUCUUCUAUCAUCAACUGGUGUCGGUGCUAUUACCGGUCGUCUUUCUCAAAUCGCUAUCUUACAUUGGAAAAUUAUGUCGUCUUAUACUCUUUUGGGAUUUGGAACCGUAGUUGCUUGGCUUUCAUUGAUGAUGGACCCACUUUUUCAAGAUUUUGUUGGUCUUCUUACGUUUUCGAUAACAUAUGGUUUAGCAACCGGUAUCAUGAUGCCUCUUGGCCCGGUUCUUGUUCGGGAUUAUGUCGGUAUGAACAAACUUCCAGCCGCUUUAGGAUGGUUCAACCUUGUACGUGGUACUGGGGCUUUACUGGGUGGCUCUAUAACAGGCGUACUUCAUGAUUAUUAUGGUGGCUAUUACAAACCGUUUAUUGUCGUAGGAAUGGUACAGUUUAUGGCUGUCCUAAUGCUCUUUUUUAAACCAUGUAUUCAACUGUGUGUGGAAGGAAAAGCAAGAUGGAGGACGGAAAAAGAACGAGAAUUAGCACCGUGAACAUUUAUAUUAUGUAUGAAUACUCACUAACUUCAAGCAAUGUCACUUUCGAAAGAUGGGGUUGUUACAGAUCAUCAAGAAUGAAACUGAACGCAAUUAUUUGGAAGUUGUCAUGGCAAUUAUAACUUGUUAACACUUUCCACAACACAAUAUCGCUUUCGUUACCUGGGUGGUCAAUUUCAUAAAGACAGAUUGUGUUAUAAGAAUAAAAGAAAAAAGUAUAUA